GUCAGGUUCUAAGUGUUGCAUGCAUGUUUUCAUCUUGUUUCAAAGUAAAUGCAAGAAGUAUGUAGGUCGCUCCGUCCAUAAGUAUUGCAUGCAUGUUUUUAUCUUCUUGCUGGAUGAUGAGUAUAUAGCUAGACUUGUCAGGAUGCAUGAAUUUUAUUUCAGUUAGCAUGUGGAUAUGGGUUUUACCUAUGGUGCACCGAUACUUCAUCCCGAUGCCGUAUCCGUGUAUCCGACACGUAUCCGAUACCGAUACUCACCGAUGCGCGUUCUAUUCGUUGGCACCCCACCAGGCCAUUGUCGCGGCUCCUCACCGAGGGGGUGCAGCUCGUGGUCGGGCUGGACGUCAUCCUGGGGGGUCGUGGUUAUCGAGGUGGUCAGCGCGGUCGUGGGCGGCGAUGUCGUGGGCGGCGAUGUCGUGGCUGUGGCUAUGGGGUCAGCUGCAUCCAGCUCCUGGCGGCCAGCAGCAGGCCUAUGGCGGACAGCAGCCGCCUCUCCUGCUCUUGCCUCCUCACAGUCAGCAGUUCCUAGGGCAGCAGUUUUAUGGCGGACAGCAGGUUUUCCAUGUGUGGACAAUACUUAUUCUCAUGCUCCUGCGCCAGUUGUUUGCCAAAUCUGUUUCUCUCCAGGUCACUCUACUCUCAUUUGUCCAAGAUUUGUGGGUACCUCUACUCCUGCUCUCGCUGCUCUUCCCACGGGCGAGCAUAAUGCAUCUAUGUGGUAUCCUGACUCAGGAGCUUCAGCUCAUAUGACCCCUCACGAAGGGCAAUCAGAUGAGGGUGCAUCUUCUUCAGGGCUCCAAUAAAGACCAUCUAUAUCCCUUUCAUACUUUAUACAAUUUGGUCCACUAGACUGUUAACCAUUGUAAUAGUUGACGUGUUAUAAGAGACAGAGAAAAUGAAUUGUUUAAUCUACCCUUUUGUUUGGAC